AUGCUCGUUUUACUCAUUGCAUUCCUGUUUCCCUUGGCAACACAGGCUCAACAAGUCAAUGUGACAAUCUUCACCGAAUCUCAAUGCCCAUACUGUACCAAGCUUCUUCGAGAACAAAUCUGGCCAUUCUACGUUAACAGACCUGGAAUUAUGAACUUGCAGAUUGUUCCAUUCGGAAAAGGAGAUUGUACUUAUGACUACAACCGCAACUUCCACUGCACUUGCAUGCACGGAGCCACCGAAUGUGAUCUCAACAGACUUCAGAAUUGUGCUAUCUCGUACUUCCCACGUCGCCAUCUCGGUUUAGUCACUUGUCUCCAAGGACUCACAACUUUGAGAGAAGGUUUCUCAAAGUGCUUGAGCAGACUGUCCCCCAAUACUCAGAGAAAACUUAUCGAAUGCGCUACAACUCAAACCGGAGAACUUCUCAACUACUAUUCAAUGGUGAACACUCACAGAGCUGGAGUUAGAAUUUGGCCAACAAUGUAUGUAAACGGUGUCUUCUUCGAUCGUAGCUACCCAGUUGAGCACAAACUCUGUGAGCACACUGCCUGGUGCUAA